ACUAGCCCUCCUCUUGGGGCGGAGCAUAGCUCAGACUACGCCCCCAUGGCGCCAGUCUCCUUGAUGUUCCCGGAAGCUGACCUGCGUACCCUAGCAGAGUUGAUUGGUUUCAGUUUUGGACUCCUCGCGCGGGUUUUUGUAGAGUUGUUUUGGGCUGAGUUCGCAGAGAAGAUAAUGGCUGGGCAGGGUCGUCUGCGCGAGCUCCUGGGCCCUCUGCACCCGUAUAAGAGCGACGACGAGGAGGAGGACUGUGCGCAGGAGGAAGAGGGCGAGCAGGACUCGGAGUUUGUGGAUGCCGAGGAGCUCUGCAGCGGGGGCAUCAAGGCGGGCAGCCUCCCUGGGCGCAUGCGAGUGUCUAUUCCUGAUGAAAAGACUAAAGAGAAAUGUACCGUGUAUGGACGUUUCCCACUCAAAGAUCCAUGGUGGCGUGUGAAGGUCCAGGUUGUGAAACAUGUGCGAUCCAAGAGCUAUCAAGUUCAAGGCUUUCCAUCAUACUUUCUACAGGCUGAUAUGUCGCCACCAGAUCAAAAACAUAUCUGUUCGCUUUUUCUUAAAGAAUGCAACUUAGAUCCUCAGCGCAUACAGGAAUUUUUAAAAUGGGUAGAUAAAGUGUCAAGCUUUGAAAAUCUAAACUUUGAAAAUCUUCUGGAAACAUUAAAGAAUUUCAACAGAGAAACCGAAAAGAAAGAUAAAAAGCCGUCUACACAAAAUGAGCAGGGUGAGGAGAUGAAAGUGGAAAAAUCAUUCCCUUUUAUAAGUGUAAUGACAGCUCUGCAGUUCCCCAAAGUCAUGGAAUUCCUUCCAACGCUUUUUCCUCGGCACUUCAAAAGGCUCAUCAGCUCUUGUUCUGAAGGGGUGCUGGGACGCAUAGAAGAGAUUCUGCGUACACAGCCAUGGAAGCUUGGCUUCAGGAGGAUAACCUACAGAGAGCUGAAACUGCUGCGCUGCGAGGCCAGCUGGACAGCAUUCAGUCAGUGCCCCUCGCUGCUCCGGCUGAUGACUCCCCUGCAGAAGAAUGCAUUGGUCAUAUAUUCUAAGCUGAGGCAGACAUGCAGAGAAGAUGGACACACAUAUGUUGAAAUAACGGACUUGACCUCGGGCUUGUCGGAGCAUAUGUCAUUCGAGGAAGCAUGUCAGUCUCUGGAGUUUCUGAGGGACAUUGACGUGGUAAUUUAUGAGAAGGACUUUGUCUUUCUUUCUGAACUGUACGAGGCCGAGCAAGACAUCGCCUCCUCCAUAUGUGAGCUGAUGAACAGACCCCCGUGGUAUUUGAAAGUGGAUGUGAAGAAAGUCCUGGCAUCAAUUAGCAGUGCAAAGCAAGAUGAUCCAGGAAGUGCUGAGGCCAUGGGAGGGAGCAAGCCAGAUGUGGUAGGGUCAGAGCAGGGUGACAGUGUUUUAGACCCACAAGAUGGUGGUGACCGUGUUAGAAGUAAUGGCGAACACGUUGCGAAUGCAGAAAUAAAUGACGUCCCACUGGAUCGAGAUCAGGUGGUCGCCCUGGAGGCGAUCUGUGCCAAUGCGGUGACUGUGCUCAGCGGGAAAGGCGGCUGUGGGAAGACCACCAUCGUUAGCCGUCUUUUUAAGCACGUGGAGCAUCUGGAAGAAAGGGAAGUGCAGCAAGCCUGUGAAGAUUUUGAACAAGACCAGGAAGCCUCAGAAGAAUGGCUUGCCUGUCCUAAGCAGAGUCCAGCUGGGGUGGACAAGGCUGUAGAAGUGUUGCUCACCGCACCUACAGGGAAGGCAGCUGGCUUAUUGAGGCAGAGAACCCAUCUUCCGGCUUACACGCUGUGUCAGGUCAAUUACAGCUUUUAUAUGUGGAAGAAAAAUGAGGUGGACAAGCCGUGGAAAUUCUCUACAGUUCGAGUUCUGGUUGUGGACGAAGGGAGUUUGGUGUCUGUAGGGAUCUUCAAGUCAGUUUUAAAGUUACUAUGCGAACACUCCAAACUGUCUAAGCUUAUAAUCCUUGGUGAUAUUAGACAGUUGCCCAGUAUUGAACCUGGUAACGUGCUGCAAGAUGUCUUUGAGACUCUUAAGUCAAGACAGUGUGCCAUCGAACUAAAGACGAACCACAGGACAGAGUCACAGCUGAUUGUGGACAAUGCGACAAGAAUCUCCAGACGUCAGUUUCCAGAAUUUGAUGCAGAACUAAAUAUCUCUGAUAGCCAUACGUUACCCCUCUCCAUUCAAGAUAAGACAUUUAUUUUUGUGAGACUCCCUGAAGCGGACAGCAGUUCUCAGUCGUCUAAAGGUGAACACCGAUCUAAUUUAUAUUCUGCAGUUCAAACUUUGCUUCAACGAAACGACUUCUGCUCUUUUGAAAGUUCAAAAACAUCGCAAUUUAUUGCAUUUAGAAGGCAAGACUGUGACCUCAUCAAUGACUGCUGCUGCAAGCACUACACUAACCACAUCAUCAAAGACCAUGAGAAGAAACUCGUCUUUGCUGUCGGUGAUAAGAUCUGCUGUACCCGGAAUGCUUACCUCUCAGACUUACUCCCCGACAAUGACCAGAAAGCCAAGGGGAAGGGCUAUGGAGACGGCCCUGAUGACAACGAUGCGAAAAGCAAACAGGAGUUCGAGAAUAGCAUCCGGCUGUGCAAUGGGGAAAUAUUUUUCAUAACACAGGAUGUAACUGACGUAACUUUCAAAAGAAAAAGACUUCUGACCAUUAAUAAUGAGGCUGGCUUGGAAGUGACUGUGGAUUUCAGCAAACUCAUGGCGAACUGUCAGAUAAAGCACGCCUGGGCAAGGACCAUUCAUACUUUUCAGGGGUCCGAGGAGAACACAGUUGUCUAUGUCGUGGGAAAGGCAGGUCGACAACACUGGCAACACGUGUACACCGCAGUGACCCGGGGCCGCUCCAGAGUAUACAUCAUAGCAGAAGAGUCUGAACUCAGGAGUGCCAUCCGGAAGCGCAGUUUCCCCAGGCAGACGCGUUUGAAACACUUCUUGCAGAAGAAGCUCUCUGGCAGCUGUGCAUCCUCAACAGGUUUCUCAUCCCAGCCUUCGAGCCCUAGAGCUGGAGGAAGACCUGACAUGCAGCCUCCAGCAUCACCCCUCUGUAGAACACCAGACAACAAAGCCACUGCAAAUGGUGCCAGGGAUGAGGCAUCUUCAGCCACAAAGGAGGGGUUCACCUUUGACGAAAGAUGGCUGUCAACUUCUUUUUAUGAUAUGGAUACAGAUGAGGCAUCAGCGCAGCUCAGAGGGUCCAAAAGAACUGGUGAUGACUUCCCGUUUGAUGAAGAAAGCCCCAGUAAAUUCCGUAUGGUGGAAGAACCGUCUCCACAAGUGUCUUCUAUAUUUCGGAAUCUGAGGUUGAAUAACUUAGCUCCCAGACAGCUUUUUAAACCCACUGACAAUCAAGAGACAGGUCAGUCAGCUGUGGUGGAUCACACCAAGGAUCCCAGCAAUCAGGAGACUGAAAUGCAAGAAUCCUGAGUUCACGGCCAGCCUGGGCAACAUCGCAGGACCUGCUCAAUCCAUACCACCACCAACAAAAACCUCAAAACAGAGAAAAAGUUUACUUCAUAUUGCUCAAGAAAUUAUUAUUUUUUCCUUUCAAGACAAGAUGAAUUUUUUAGCUUCAAAGUUUCAAACUAUGAGAAGACGGCUGUCAGUGGGCAUUAUAGUUUUGGGCAUUUGUAUUUUGGGCACAUGGCCGAAAAUAACAUUUUUAUUUUAUUUUUAAAUCUGAGUUUUAAAAGCAGGUAUCUUAAAUUCACCCAAUCCAAGCAAACCGUGAUGAUUUCAGCCUCUGUCCUCAUGAGAACAGUUAACAGGGGACAUAGGGGCAAGAUACUUUAUGUUUAAAACACUCCGUUUUAGGGGCUGCUGGACAUUUUGUGAUAAUGCCAUGUGAUCAUUGCGGAUCCCCUUUGCCAGCACCCUGAAACCAGCAAAGGUGGACUGAUUGGACCUGUUGAGAGUAACACAUUCAAGGAUGCUGUUUGCCAGUGCAUCCUUGCUGUGAUCCUGUGCCCAUCACUCCUUCCCUGUGCCUGGGACUCGGCGUACUUGGUGCUUGGAUAUGCCUGUCUGAGGUGGGAACGUGCUUUGCAUAGAUCCCAUUGAUGGGAGACUUUCUCUUAAAGCAGAUUGGCUUUUUAAUAUUUAUUGCCUAGUGGUACUGUAGCUUGAAAGCGUCUCCCACACCUGUGCGGGUUUCACUGCAGUAGACACCUGGGAAAAGUAGCUUUUUGCUGUCUUGAGUUCUCUUUGCCGUUUUGUUGCGGUGGGAGUGCUCACUAGAUGUGGACACCUGGCUCUGGGCACACCAUGUCUUUCUGUUCUUAUUACAGUUCUCACAUAGUGGGUUGCUUACAAAUUACUGCUCUCCAGUAACUCAGGUCGUGGAAGCUUCUAGCAGAUGUGUGCACAUGACUCUGUUGUUUACCUUUUGGACUGCCAGACAGUACAGAGACAGUUUUUCUGCCUUUCCCUCUUCUUUUUUGUGCUAGGACUGAAGCCAAGGUCUCAUACUUUCUAAGAAAGCACUUUACUGCUUAAUUUCAUUCCUGGUCCUAAACACAACCUUUGUAUGUACUGGGAAGCAAACAAACAAAACCAAUUGUGUGACUUAGCUGAUUCUAACACGUUUUUAUUGCUGUGUCCUGGGACUGAUCUGCAGCAUUUCUGAGAUAUGCCUUUGUGGGAAAUAAAUUCACUAUUCUUUUACUAAA